AUGGUUUUGGUAAAACUCUUUUGGUUUGGACAAAACUGUGAGGAGAUCUACAAAAACGGUACGCGGUUGGACGGGAUUUACGCCAUCUCCCCUGACGGCAGGUGCCCGUUCUUCGUCUACUGUGAUAUGACGAAAGGAGGCUGGACCGUCAGUCAGCGUCGAAUAAACGGAAACGUCAAUUUCUUCCGUGAUUGGGAUGAUUACGUUCACGGCUUUGGUGACCUUGAUGGCGAAUUUUGGCUCGGUCUUCAGGAGAUUCACCGUCUAACGCAAGGCGGCAGCCAGAUCUAUUUCGGCAUUACUAACUAUGACGACACGACGGACUUUGCACAUUAUCAGACAUUUACCGUUCAUGGAGCAGCCACGAAAUACAGAAUGAACGUUGACGCUUACGGUUACAAAGGCUCCAUCAAUGAACUGUUCGCCGAUCACGACAACAUGGCGUUCUCCACAUAUGAAAGAGACAACUAUGUACACGCCACUGCUAACUGUGCUGGGAGCGGUGGGGGCGGAUGGUGGUGGAAAAAGUGCUGCCUUCUUGGAAAUCUGAAUGGUAUAUUUGGAAAGAAGGGAGAGGGAGGAUUGAACUAUUAUGAUUCAAGCCAUAUUCCGAUUAAAGCUGUCGAAAUGAAGAUAAAAGCAAUAAAUGGAACAUGUUAAAUGCUGAUUAAAAGCAAAAGAUACGCAAAGCCUUCAAAAAGUAUAGUUCUUUGCAUACAUCAUCUUUAUUAUUCGAAUACUUAAAGGGGCAUAGUCGAAUUUUUAGAAUUGUCUUUAUAUGUUAA